GCCAUCAGACGUUUUCAAACGAGCCUGCUUGCUCUAUUCCAGGUCUUCUCACAAAAAAGCGAUGGCAUGAUUUUAUGAGCCAGGACACUGCCAACACCAUUGUAUAAAUUGUAUUCAAUAAGUGUCUACACGUCUGUCAUCUGCCCUUCAAUGUCUCUCAUCGGGAUCAGCAGAGUCUUUCGUCCAGGUUCAUGCAGAGGCGAUGUUCGGCGCUGGAUGAGCGUGCAUUCAUCGCAGUAUAACAAGAAAGCUGUCGACGGAUCUUCCACGCCCCGCAAGAAAGUGACGAUUCAAAGCCUUUACAAUCAACAUGCAACAGGCAUUCCCAUUACUAUGCUCACAGCUUACGACUUUCCUACCGCUCGGGCUUGCGAGGUUCACGGAAUAGACAUCACCCUUGUCGGUGAUUCUCUUGCACAAGUUUGCCUCGGCUACGAUUCGACUGUCAAUUUGACGAUGACGGAGAUGAUCCAUCAUUGUCGGGCUGUUGUCCGUGGCACCGUCGCACCUCUUCUUGUCGCCGAUAUGCCUUUUGGUUCCUAUUACACCGGCCCAGAAGAUGCCAUUCGUAGUGCUAUCCGUAUGCGUCAAGAAGGUGGGGUAGAAUGUCUGAAAAUAGAAGGAGGGGAAGAAAUUGUUGAUUCUGUUCGGGCUCUCACAACCUUCGGCUUCCCUGUUAUGGGUCACAUUGGUCUGCUUCCCCAACGCCAUACAGCUCUUUCGGGCUACAAAGUCCAAGGCCGUACAGCAGAGUCCGCUCAUACAAUUUUGCGUGCCGCGCUCGCACUCCAGGAUGCGGGAGUAUUUGCUCUUGUGCUAGAGGCAAUUCCGCAUCAGUUAGCAACAUACAUUACCAGCCGACUGCGUGUGCCUACGAUUGGGAUCGGUGCUGGACCUGGUACUAGUGGACAGGUACUAGUUUGGGAUGACAUGAUGUCGACGUGGCAUGGACAUAAAGCAAAGUUUGUCAGGCAUUUUGGGAAUGUGGGUGCUGAGGUAGGGAAAGGUAUCCAAGAAUAUGUUUCGGCAGUGCGGGAUCGGUCGUUCCCUGACGUGAAGAAGGAGAGCUAUGAAAUGGAGCAGGGAGAGUGGGAACGAUUAUUAUCAAUGAAGCAGGACCAAAAUUGAGAUAUUUUGACAAUCUGUCAGCGGGUGUGUUACUAGUAGAAGUAAACCAAUUGUAGUACUAUCGCUUACGAUCGUUGCGGCUGUACUGAAGUCGCAGUCACAUGAAGUCACAGAAUAACACAGGUCGUCACAGGCAACGAAUUCACAUU